CAAAAUAGAAAGAGGAUAAGUGGGGCUGCCUCCUCUGCUUCUCUAUUAGGCUUGGUCUUGUUCGAUUCCAUCUGGGCUUCCUUGAAAUUUCUCAAUUCCGUUAAGAAAAAGCAGAAUUUUUGAUGGAACCAAAUCAAAGGCAGAGUCUUGAGGAAACCGACGGGAUCACGAACCCAUCAGUUUCCGGCCAACAAUUUCCGGCGGUGGCGAAGAAAGAAGUGUUCGAAGAUGGGUCCCUCUCGAUGGGUCUUAUCCCGGUUCCGGCACCGGCGAUACCGGUGGUGAAGCGGUCGUCGACGAAGGACCGCCACACAAAGGUGGAGGGCCGCGGCCGGAGGGUCCGAAUGCCCGCCGCCUGUGCGGCCCGGGUUUUCCAGCUGACCCGAGAACUCGGCCACAAGUCCGACGGCGAAACCAUCAGGUGGCUCCUCGAGCACGCCGAGCCGGCGAUAAUCGCAGCCACCGGUACCGGCACAGUCCCGGCGAUCGCCGUCUCCGUCGGCGGCACGCUCAAGAUUCCGACGAGUUCUCUGGCGAACCCGAAUGGAGAGGUCUCUGAGCUUCCGAGAAAGAAGAGAAAGCUACAUUGCAAUAGUGAUUUUGUUGAUGUGGAGGAAUUGAGCUCAAUUUCGAGUGGCUUGGCGCCGAUAGCUCCGGUGAGCUACGGCGGCGGUAGCGGUGGAGCUUUGUUGCCUAUGUGGCAAUUUGGGGCGAAUGUUCCGUUCUUCAUGUUCCCAAACUCUGGUUGGGCUAUUCCUUCGGAUUCAGUUUCUGGCCACACCAUUUUCGAUUUGCAAGGAAGGCCUAUAUCGAACUUCCCCGUCACAGCAUUGCAAUCUGGGGUUCAAGUUUGUGGUGAUGUUGAUGUGCAGGCCACUUCUGGUUCGAUUUCGAGUGGUAGUGGUGGUGGUGGUGGGAGCUGUUCGACUAGUUUGGGAGCCAGUAAUAGUAAUGCGGUUACUAGUAGUGACACUAGUGCUACAACAGCUGCUCCGAUUAGUCAUACUCAGUUGCUGAGGGACUUUUCUUUGGAUACUUUGGACAAGAGGGAGCUUCAGUUCUUGGGUGGUCUGUGUGGAAAUUCAGAAGCUCAAUACUCAAAGCCUUGAGUCAAGGAGGGUUUAGGGUGUAGGGUUUAAGUCUUUUAGGCCUUUUUGUAAUGCUGCACAGGGUUCUCUGUUUUGGUGAUCUGGAAAUUCACAAAUGCUAUAUUCAAAGCCUUGAGGUUUUGAUCACAAAUGCUAUAUGCAAAGCCUUGAGGUUUUGACUCAAUGAGCUACGGUUUUAGUGGUAGGCUUUUAGGCCUUUUUGUAAUGAUGCACAGAAACUGGUUCUGUUUUGUACUAAGCGGAAGGCCACUUUGUCUUUA